AAGCAACUCUCCCCUUGAUUUCAAGCGUCUCUUGUCCUUUCAUGCUGCCACAUGUGUUUUCUUGGGGGAAUUUGGAGCCUGCUCAGUAAUUUCCUGUUGCAACCUCAUCUCGGCUUCUGACAUGCUCUCUUAGUCACACAAGCAUGUUCAGGGCAGUUUUAAUCAACCCGAUCCCCACAGCGAGCCACAGGAGGCCUCCAGAGACCCAGUGGGCUCUGCCGUGCCGGGGGAAAGCCGUGUGCCUGUGUGUUUAAGUGAUCUGGGCGGGCUGAACACGCUGCCGAUGGCAGAGGAAAGGCACAGCAUCUCUGGCAGCAGUGCCACCGCCGUGGCCGUCGGCUCCGAUCCAGGAGGCGACGAGGCCCCUUUGGGGUACCCUCUGAGCGUCUGCAAGGAUGCUCUGCCUGCGCCGAAAUAUCUUUGCAGCCACUGCAAGGGGGUGCUGAGGAGAGCCCUGCAGACCGCCUGCGGACACCGUUACUGCUCGGCGUGCCUGGCCUGGAUUAUACAAAACGAUAAAACCCCAAUUUGUCAGAGUUGUAAGGCGGACGAUGCUGGCGCCGUAAAUGAAAGAAGUUUACUGUCGGUAGAAAAGGCGUUUAGCGAUGCAGCCAUUAACAAGGAGAUUUCGGAACUUGACGUGCAUUGUGGAAUCCCUGACUGUACCUGGACCGGCCUCCUGAAGACAUUGGAAGAGCAUCAGAGCACAUGUGAACAUGUCCUAACCCCGUGCCACUUUGGGUGCGGACAGAAGGUGGCGCGGAAGAAGCUGGCGGAUCAUUGGCAGACCUGCCCAGACGGCGGCACCUCAGGCAGAAGCUGCAACUCAAAGGUUUGCCGUCAUGAGCACCCGGAUCCUCCGGAACCUCCCAAGGGCGAAGAUGGGUGUCGGUUUUCCAGGAUUGGAUGCGUGUUCAAGGGCGACGCAGAAGAGAGGGACGAACACGAGAGAAUUGCUUUGGCGAUCCACUUAGCCCUUCUGCUCCGACAUGUGCAGCAACGCAUGGCCAGUCUGUGCCCCACAGGUGGUGGGGUGAACAUGUGUUUGAGGGACGCCAGGGCUCUGAAAGGCCUCUUCUUCAGCCUCUAUCAUCAGAGGGCCUUGGAAGGGGACUCUUUGCCUCUGGACGGGGAGCGAGCCGGCGGUCCAAUGCCGGCCAGGAGAGCAAAGGAGGUCUCCGUGCUCGAAGCCAAGCUGUGCGUGUUUGAAAACAUCGCCUCUGUGCUGAGCAAAGAGAUGGAUCUGUCGCGCCAGAGGAUGGUCGCUUUCCGGCGGCAGAGAGGACUGGACCAGGACACGAUCCGUGGCUUGGAGCUGAAGAUUGCUGAUCUCCAGCGACGCCUGGCACAGAAAAAUACAGCCCUGGAGAGAGUCCAGGAGCGCCUCCAGUUGGCCGAGCAGGCUUCCCACGAUGGCACCCUUCUGUGGAAGAUCACAGAUGUACAUCGGAAGUGCUAUGAAGCCCUGAGCGGAAGGGUUGGUAGUCUGCAGUCUCCCGCAUUCUACACGGCACAAUAUGGCUACAAACUGUGCAUGAGGCUUUUCCUGAACGGUGAGGGGAGAGGCAAAGGGAGCCACGUUUCGCUCUUCCUGGUGCUACUGAAAGGGGAUUACGAUGCACUGCUGCCGUGGCCUUUUGCACACAAGAUCACCUUUAUGCUGCUGGAUCAGAACAGUGGUGAGCAUCUAAUCCACACUUUCCACCCGGAUCCAACCUCCGUCGCUUUCCAGAGGCCCGUGACGGACAUGAACGAAGCUAGCGGCUGUGCCAGAUUUCUUCCGCUGGCCAAACUGCAGUCCCCAAAACAUGCCUAUUUAAAAGAAGGCACCCUUUUCCUCAAGGGCGUGGCGGAACCUGCACUGUGAGAACAUGCCCGGCAAAAGUUCUGGUGGUGGGACGGGUGGUGACCCGAGCUGAAGCCUGAAGAGACACAUCGGAAACGGGAGCUGCAAAAGAGCUGAUCUGCAUCUGCACAAAGGCUGAUUUGGGCCCUGCAAAAGAGCUGAUUGGCAUCUGCAAAAAGGUCAAUUUGGGCACUGCCAUUCGCAAAAAGGCUGAUUUGGGCCCUGCAAAAGAGCUGAUUGGCAUCUGCAAAAAGGUCAAUUUGGGCACUGCCAUUCGCAAAAAGGCUGAUUUGGGCCCUGCAAAAGAGCUGAUUUGCAUCUGCAAGAAGGUGGAUUUGGGCACUGCAGUUACUCAUGGUUAUGGGGACAAUUAGCAUGUGAAAUUUCUUGCUUCCAGGCCCCAGUUCUGGGUGUUGUGAGUUUGAGGCAGUAUAUAGGGCAGUGUGUUUGUGUGAUUUUGCUGGUGUGUGUAUGUGCGUUAGGUGCUGAAUUGUCUAAGUUCAGCAUCCCGUGGUGAUGGAGGAGGUCUCUGUAUCAUAUUCAUGAGCAGAGCAAAUGCCAAGUUAGGGCUGCAACUUUUAAUCGAUUAAUCACUGGGAAAAUAAGGUUGCUACCCCAUUAAAGAGCCUCCCUAUCUGCAAUAGGGGCAUAAUAAUCCUGGCCUCCUCUACAGGGUUGUUGUAAUUUUGUAAGGAUGACUGGGAUAGUGUCUGUGAACACUGCAGACACUGUAGAUAUGCAAAAUAAUAACAGGUAUGGACCUGCAACACAAUGUUGCAAUAUGUCCUUGGUGUGCAUGUGCCACCUGAGCCUGCGCCUUAGCAUGCUGAAAGUUUCAGGUACCUUUCCCCCUCAGAAGCAGGAGUCGUGACAGUCCUGAGGGAGUAUUCUUCAAGCUGAGAAAGAAAGUUUCUCAGUCUUUUUAUUAAAGCCCCCCCACACACACACACACCAUUGCCACUGAGUUCCAUUAGAUCCGCCCACCUGAUUGUCUGUUAACUGCCUUCUGAGUCCGUGAACAUUCCGCUCCCUUGAAUUACAGUUUUUUUAGGGAGUUGCCCCCCCUUAAGUUUCCUUUUUUCAGAUGUUUGUGAACACAAUAUAUCUGCCGGAACCUCCCUCUCACUCACAGGUCUUGCGGUUAUGUGUCCGUGAGGACCAUGACAUGCAACUCUUUUGGAAAUCAGUAUAAAGAUAAUUCAUAUUUUCUGAGGCUGGUGCAUCCUUUGCCUUGCUCUGAAUUAGCAGCCGGAUGCAGGAUGCCAAUUUCCGCCCCAUCCUUCAAAAAUACAGCUUUGAAGUAGACAAACCCUAGCUGGGAAAGUAAGGCCCUAUAGAAAUGAAGGCAACGAGAGCGGCUAAUUUAAAAGCCCUGCCAGAAAUCCUGUUUCCUAAUCAAUGACAGCCAGGAACGGCUCACCUCGGAACUCGGUAAUUCCAUUUCCCAUGGUAAACAACAUGCAAAAUUGGGACGCUGGACUCAAAUGUGGUACAUAAUCAAAUAGAAAAGGCUUUUGCUGGCCAAUGCACUCAUUGCCCUUUCAAACUAGCAGCACCAUGAUGGAUCUUGAAAAAGAUAUUCUGUAUAUUGCAGGCAGCGGGUUAAGAAUCUCCCUGGCUGUGCCCGAGGAGUGCCAGAGCAGUCACAAGAACUGUGUGUCCCUUUUGUUAAGUGUAAGCUUUUGCCUAAGAACACCAGUGGAAGUGGGAAUCGGGCGCUGAGCACAAAGUGUUAGUUUCCGGAACAGCUGGCCUGGAUACUUCUCUCUCUCUCUCUCUCGAAUAAGGUUGAUGUAUGGCCAGAAAUGAUUGCCUUUAACCCAAAAUACAGAUCUGGAAAAGGAAGCUCUUCAAUUCCUGUUUGAAAAACCUGAAUGCAAAUAGCUCUUUUUGGCUUUUCCUUUGGUGGCAUUCAGAAGUUCCUACUGUACAUGCAGCUGACCUCUUGCAAGCUCCACUUGUACAUGCAGGCGACCUCUUGCAAAUGCCAAAUGUACAUGCAGGUGACCUCUUGCAAGCUUCACUUGUACAUGCAGAUGACCUCUUGCAAACUCCAUUUGUACAUGCAGGUGACCUCUUGUAAGUUCCAGCUGAACAUGCAGGUGACCUCUUGCAAAAAUUCCCGAUGUGUCUCUGCACAGCCUACAUGCAAGUGAUUUAUCUAUUUUAUUUAUUUAGUACAUUUAUAUACCGCCCCAUACAAAAAAAAGUCCCUGGACGGUUCACAGUAUCUAACCCUGCUCUGCAUAUGUCUUCACUCCAUCUAGUGAGAACAUUGGCAGGGUCUUUAUUGCAAUUUUGGAAUGUCCUUCCUCUGUUGCCUUCCACUAGAGAUGUAAAUCCUAUCCACCCCAGGUGACAUUUGGCUGCCGACUCAUUUGUUGUGGUUAUAAUUGUGUUCAGCGGCUGUUACUGCUGCCGUAAUUGGCUUUGUGGUUUGUCUGUUUAAAUUAUUGUUUCCAGUGUGUGUUUAUUCUAUGUAAGCUCCCUGGAAUGGGGGAAAGGAGCAUGUGAUGGUUUAAAUAAAUAAAUCUGUCAACUUAAUGGA